UCUUCCUGGCCUCCCCCAUUCCUGGUGGCCCCAGCUACGGUACCCUCGCCCCUGCCCGCCCAACGGCCCGCUGAGGACUACAAAUCCCGGCAUGCCCGGCGCACCCGCCCGGUUGCACUGGGGCUGGGCGUGUGGCGGCUGCGGAGUUCUGUGCGGGAGGAAAGCCUCCCGGUGCUGGCCAUGCGGGGAGUUGCUGAAGUAAAGGAACCCUGCAGCCUUCCCAUGCUAUCUGUUGACAUGGAAAACAAGGAAAAUGGCUCUGUCGGUGUAAAAAAUUCCAUGGAGAAUGGGAGACCACCCGAUCCUGCAGACUGGGCUGUGACGGAUGUCGUCAAUUAUUUCCGAACAGCGGGAUUUGAGGAGCAAGCUAGUGCUUUUCAGGAACAGGAAAUUGAUGGAAAGUCCCUGCUAUUGAUGACAAGAAAUGAUGUGUUGACCGGACUUCAGUUAAAAUUGGGGCCUGCUCUGAAAAUCUAUGAGUAUCACGUAAAACCUCUGCAGUCAAAGCAUUUAAAGAACAACUCUUCAUAGUACAGUCAAAUUGGGGUCUUAGGCCUCAAAAAGUACAUUUUAACAUAAUUUAGUUUCAUGUGAUGAAACUUUGUUAACAGAAUACAUACAUGUGUAUUUGUAAAGAAUUUCAGUCAAAUGAAACGUUAUCCUAUUGGAUAGACUAGGCAAUCCAUCAGCUGACCUGAAUUCAGCCAGGAGGAUCAAGGACAACAUGUGGACAGGAUGGUUUUCAUGGUGGAGUUCAUCAAAGAGAGUGAAAAAAUCAAUCUUUGACAUGAUUAGACACCCCUCUUCAGAAAGGCUUUGAACUCAUAAGGAUUUUCUUCAUUUCUUCAUAGAUUGCUUUCCCAAAAUCCUUCAAAAAGAAUUUAAUGGAAUGAUCAUCUUUCGGUUACAGAUUUGGGGAGGGGCAGAAAAGAGAAAGGGAUGGCCAUCACCCUUGAAUUCCUCUGCUUCUUAGAGCUGAUGUUAUUUGGAUGGAAUUGCCGACACCCUUUUGUAUAGAGGGUCCUCCACUUGACCUUAUUAAGGUUUCACUGGGAUAUGCUGCGAUGUUUGAAGUGAAUAUGCAUCAUGGCCCCUUCAGGAGCAGAACCGUAGCUCUGAAAAGAGAAACUCUGUUGUGUAUUGGGGGUAACCAUCCAUAUUCAGCUAGAUUUCACAGGGGGCAAUGAUAUUUUCUGCAUAGAAUUGCUUUUAAAUUGGGUCUUUGUUUUGAAGAAAGCAUUUUAUCAUUUUAUGGUUUGUAUUUAUAAUAAUUUGUUUCUGAAGAAAUUUGCCAGGAGUCACAGAUCAAAAAGCCUUGUUCCUAGUACAGAAUAUUUUUAUAUCUUUUCCUCCAGGAUGGUGUAAUAUUUUUUUAAUUGCUCUGACGCUUUGUUUGAAUCUUGGUUUGAGUACUUGUUUUUAAGAACUUGAAGAAGUGAGCUUGUUACAUCUCUGUUCAAAGAGACAUUUGUUCAAUCUCUGUGUGUCAAUACCUUGUUGGAUUGGUGCUUUGUGGUUGCAAUAAAGCAUUGCUUCAAUUUCUUCACAGUAUGAGUUUGAUCUUUUCUGUUUGGUUGCUUCUGCA